AUGGCGCUGGAAGUACAACCGCCCGACGGUCGCAAACGAGUGAAGGUUUAUGAACUGAAAGAUAAUGAUUGGUUUGACCGAGGAACUGGCUUCUGCACAGGUCAGAUCUUAGGAGAGGAGCCUCGCAUAUUUGUCGAAUCCGAAGACCUACCCAAUCGCGUCCUACUCGAAACGCGAAUCACCAAGGAUGAUGGCUACCAAAAACAACAGGAGACCUUGAUAGUUUGGACGGAGCAAAAUGGCACGGAUAUGGCACUGAGUUUCCAAGAGGCGGAAGGUUGUGCAGUCAUUUGGGACUUUGUCAAUGCUGUCCAACAACAUCUCUUGAGUCUCACUUCAGCUGAUGACGCCCUGUCCGACGACCUCGAUAGCUAUCAAUCCAUCGUAUUACCGGCCCCCGAACUUGGAAACCUCCCCGAAAUCGAACAGAUUGUACGAGCUGCGAGCAUGACACAAGGCGGUCGAGAUGCGCUAUCCAAGUACAUCAUUCGCGACGAGUACAUCGCCAAAUUGGUACCGCUAGUGACAAUGGCUGAGGAUUUGGAGAGCUUGAUCGAUUUGCAUCGUUUGUGCAACAUCAUGAAAUCUCUCAUUUUGCUCAAUGACAACACCAUCAUCGAAACCGUCGUCGCCGAUCAUGUCAUCCUUGGAGUGGUUGGGGCUCUAGAAUAUGACCCUGAAUUCCCCACACAUAAGGCAAACCACCGACAAUACCUCGCAGACAAAUCACGAUACAAGGAAGUCGUCCCGAUCAAGGACCCGCUCAUUCGCCGCAAGAUUCGGAGUACAUGGAGACUGCAAUAUCUGAAAGAUGUGGUUCUGGCUCGGAUUCUGGACGACCCGACAUUUUCGGUGCUCAAUUCUCUCAUAUUCUUCAAUCAAAUGGAGAUUGUGAAUCAUAUCCAAGCAAAUGGGCCCUUCCUCCGAGACUUAUUCCACGUUUUCGACCCAAGAAAUCCAGACCAGAGACGCAAGGAUGAUGCCGUGCAGUUUCUUCACCAGUGUGCUGGCAUUGCGAAGAACUUGCAGGCACCGUCGCGGGCUCAAUUAUUCGCCAAUUUUAUUAGCCAUGGCUUGUUUGCUGUGAUAGCAUUUGCCGUCAAGCAUUUGAAUCCAGCCAUGCGCACGACUGGCAUUGAUAUCUUAGUGGCUCUGUUGGAUCACGACCCAGUCAUGAUGAGAGGUUAUAUGCUUAAGGCUGUCAACGAGAAAAAGACACCACUCACAGAUACCUUGAUCGAUCUUCUUCAUGUGGAGACCGACCUUGGUGUCAAAAACCAAAUUGCUGAUGCUAUCAAGGUUCUCCUUGAUCCUCAGAUUCCUAUGCAGGACCCGCUUGGUCGGGCUGGACCCGAUUACUUCAAAGUUCGCACCAACCUUCUCUCUGAUGCAUUUGUCCAGCAACAUUUCGAUGAGUCUUCAAAACGACUUUUCCAACCGCUUAAACAGCUUGCAAAUCGCACCACCCUUAAUGAUUUGACAUUCCAAGAGGUCACUCUCUACUCGCAUCUUGUUGAUAUCCUCACCUUCUUCGUCCGCCAGCACCUCUUCCGCACACGUAACUCUAUCCAGAGUGAAUCUCUCGCGCCUCGUGUUGCACAGCUUCUGCGGGUACCCCAGAAACACCUCAAACUAGUCGCGCUCAAAUUCUUCCGCACCUUGAUUAGCCUCCAAGAUACCUUCUACCAAGCUCUCAUGACACACAAUAACACUUUUGAGUUGAUUCUCGACAUCGUCUACGAGACAAUGCCUCGCGACAACCUGCUCAACUCGGCCUGUCUUGAACUUUUUGAGUUUAUCAAGCGGGAAAACAUCAAGCCUUUCAUCCUCCAUGUGGUUGAAAAAUAUCGCGAGAAGCUCGAGAACAUCAUUUAUGUUGAUACCUUCCAGAGUCUGAUUCUUCGAUAUGACCAGAUGCAGGGAUACGGAGCGGAGGCCGACGCGACACUAUUCAGUCAGGAUGACAGUACCGCCCCGCGGAGAAUUCCCCUCAGUGGCCAGCGCUGGCAGGGUGCAAGGGAGAUGGACCCCGCAGAAGAGGAUUAUUUCAACACGUCCGACGACGAAGAUGAGAUAAAGUGGACACAGGACCGUGUGGCUACUACGGAUGAACCUUCAAGCGAAGCCGUCUCUGCGGUUGUCAAACCAUUGGUUGACUACCCAGAUGACGACGACGAGGACAUCAUGGACACCAAACCCGAAGGGGCAGAACAACAGCCAGUCGGCAGCCCAACCGAGACUUCCACCGAGGUUCCUGCAUCAUCAUCACCACCCACCCAAACCCCCCCGGAGCGACUUGCAGAGAAACGUCGCCGCGAGGAAGAAGACGAUGACGAGCUUAGCAAGCUUACUGCGGGACCCAAACGAAGAAGUUCAACUAGUAGCAAUUCUAGUGCUUUUAUCAUGAAUCGGAAAAAGAGCUUGUCUGCCGGCUCACUGGCAGAUAAGAAUGCCUCACCGGGUGUAUUAAACAGGGUCACCAGCGCCGCGCCUAAGAGAAUCGCCAUCAACAUUGGAUCAACGGCCAAACCGCCCAUUUCAGAAACCGACACGAUUCGCACGGAGGUGACGAGCGAGAGUUACGAGAAGGAGAAUCGCGACGACAGUCAAGGUAACGAGGGUGGAUGA